AAGAUACUUCAAAAGUUAAAAGUGCUGUCUUUAAUAAAUCUUGUUUAUUUUCUUCUUCUAGUAAUCAAGUUUUUACUUCUUUAACAGUAUGAUAUCCUCUUGAAUUUUCUCAAAUAAAAAUUUAUACCACGCCCACUGGCAUUCAAUUUUCAGCUGCUUCCUCUUUCUCCAAUGCUAAUCAACUAAUCCUGAAACGUAUUGAAUGCUUGAUAAAUUUUUCUGAGCUUGUUUUGAUUUUCAUUUUAUGAUUCAGAUCCUGGCUGUAAGUCAGUACAGUUCAUCUCACUAUUUCUUUCAAAAGCGUUUUAAAUGCUUUUUAAUUAUUUCAUUUUCUUUCUUAACUAGACAAAAGAAACCAUCCCACAUAAUGUAAAUCAGUUUUCGCCAUUAAAUGCUUUCUUUCUUCCAUUACCCCACCUUCUGAAAGAACGCCCCUUUCGUACCAUCUUUAAAGUCGAACACAAUACAGUAUCUCUUGAAUCUUUGUUCUUUUAAACAAAAUGACCAAGAAUAACAGCACCGGUAACAGCAGUCCGUCUGCACGAGAGCAAGACACAAUGACCCACUUGGAUUUCUUCAAGAAAUUUAAGCGCUUGAACCCUCUUGAGCCUUCUUUAGGCAUUCUUGGAUUCUUUUUUGUCACUCUUCUCUUCAUUUGCUGCUUCUUCUACUUGGAUUACCGGGCUUUCACUCGCGGGUUGCGCUACCAUGGGUUUUCUUGGAUGGGAUUGGUUAGUCAAACGUCGUCAGUAGAAAUGGGUACUGACAAGGGACGGCCGGGAUUUCUUGAUAAAGAUGGUGACUCGUGUGAUAUCUUUGACGGGAACUGGGUUUGGGAUGAUAGCUAUCCAUUGUAUCAUAGUAAAGAUUGCUCCUUUAUAGAUAUUGGGUUUAGGUGUUUAGAGAAUGGAAGGCCUGAUAGUUUCUACACCAAGUGGCGUUGGCAGCCCAAUCGUUGCGACUUGCCCAGAUUUGAUGCAAAGGUGAUGUUAGAAAAGCUAAGGAACCGUCGGCUUGUAUUUGUUGGCGAUUCGGUUGGAAGGAACCAAUGGGAGUCUCUCCUCUGUAUGCUUGCCACUGCUGUUCCUGACAGUUCUUCAAUCUAUGAGGUGAAUGGGAAUCCAAUAACAAAGCAUAGAGGCUUUCUGUCGUUCAUGUUCAAGGAAUAUAAUUGCACUGUUGAAUACUACAGAGCUCCAUUUCUAACGUAUCAGGGUCGGCCUCCAGCCAGAGCUCCAGAAAAGGUUAAGAUGACUUUAAGAGUGGAUAAAUUGGACUGGACUUCACCACAUUGGAGAAAUGCAGAUGUAUUGAUUUUUAACUCUGGCCAUUGGUGGAAUUAUGAGAAGACCAUAAGAGCGGAUUGUUAUUUCCAAGAAGGGAAAGAGGUAAAGAUGGAGAUGACUGUUGAAACUGCAUACCGAAGGUCACUUGAAACUCUGAUCGACUGGAUGCAUCGCCAAAUAAACAUGAGCAAGACCCAAGUCUUUUUUCGCACCUUUGCUCCUGUUCAUUUCAGAGGUGGUGACUGGAAGACUGGUGGUAGCUGUCACUUGGAAAAGCUUCCUGACUUGGGUUCAUUGCCAAGUUCAUUGCUAGAUUAUCGUUUCAAAAUACUUUUCGACUUGUUAUUAGAACACUCGAAUGACUCACUUGUGAUGAACUUGGACUUAUUGAAUGUGACGAACAUGGCAGCAAGAAGAAAGGAUGGCCAUGCAUCUUUGUACUAUUUAGAGCCAGGAAUUGGUCCAGCUUCUCUCCACCGUCAAGAUUGCAGCCAUUGGUGCUUGCCUGGCGUCCCUGAUUCCUGGAAUAUACUUCUUUAUGCACUUUUUCUCAAGCGGGAGUCAGUUCUUGCACAAAAUUCAAUAGAAUCUUCUCAAGCACCAUUGUGAUUGGUACACAAAAGCUUCCUGAUUUUCCAAAAUGGUUAAAGGACUGCAAUUUUGUAGACAAAAAUGGCACAAGCUAAAGUUUCUUACACUAACAGGCAAAAUGAUCAUUUGUGAAGUUGGUUUCUGUUUGACCAAUCAUAGUUUGCCACAAGCCCUUUCGCAAACUAUCAAGUGAUACUAUCAUUUGUUGAAAUGAAUUUUGGCCCACUACCAUGAAUAUACAAUGAUCUGUCAGUAGAUGAGCCUAAUAGGCUGCAAGGAAAUCUUGACAGCAGAUUUUUAGUACAGGCAGGUUGAUGAAGCAGAGCUGAUAGAUAAGAAGAGAUGUACAAAAGCAUGUUUAUGCUCGUUACAUAGAUUGUUUCAUCAGAAAGAAAAAACAGAAAUAGAAGAAUGAUGAUUAUGCUACUUUAUGCAAUGUAUAUGUGUAUGUAGAGCAAGUACUGAAAUUUUCGGAAUGAAAUUUGCUCCUCUUUUUGCUUAGUUUCA